AUGGCGCUCCAGAAUUUGCACGAGCUUUACAAUAACAAGCGUCAUCCAAGUCGAAAUGGCGAUUCUGGAAGAAAUUCAACUACUCUUAUGUGUUACGUUACGCUUGCAAGUAGUCAGGUUUAUCAGGUUGAAGUCGAUCAUAAAGCAGAAUGUCAGGAAGUCAUAGAUAAAAUAUGUAAAUUGAUAGGGAUUACUGAAGAAGCUAGUUAUUUUGGUAUCCUGUUAGCAGGAUCGAGAAACGAAUUGUUUUGGCUUAACAGCAGAAACAGGUUAUCAAGGCAAAUUCCAGGGUCUCCUCCAUACCAUCUAUAUUUUAGAGUGAAGUAUUUUGUUCAACCAUCUACACUUCAACUCGAGGAAACCAGACAUCAGUUUUACACAAACGUCGUAUAUCAUCUAAAAAACGGAUCUUGGGACGCUGACACCACCCUGGAAACACAGUCACAAUUAAUUGCCCUCAUGGCAUACAUACAGUUUGGAAAUUACAACCCGAACACCACUCCAUGCAAGUAUGCUUGCUUUUGGCCGGAAUGUCGAAACGAAAUUCCACCAGAAGCUAUUCGUAUGGCUGCUGCUUUUCAUAAAGACUUAAAAGAUAUUACCACUUCCCACGCAAAAUAUGAACUUUUGUCUAUAGUUUCACGAGAAUUUCCCUCAUAUGGAACAUAUUUCUAUGAUGUGAAGAAUAUAUUUGAUCGCAAGUUAUUGCUUGGUGUUGGUCCUAGUGAUAUUGUUUUGUGCAACUCUACUGGAGGCGUUAUCGAUCGCUUUCCGUUUUGUCGAGUACACACAAUCACAAACAGCGCACGAGUUGUUACUUUAAAUUUGCUUGAAGAGGAUGGCAGUGUUAAAGGACAAAAUUAUCAAUUAUCAUCAACUCGUUUAGCUUAUUCCCUUUAUCGUACAAUUACUGAAGUUCAUGCUUUUUUUCAAAGUGAUUCAAUUAAACAAUCUUUAAUUGAACAAACUGUGCGAGAAUCAUUUACUUCAAUGUUUGAUCAUAAUGGUAAAGAAUAUGCGUUCGAUCUCCGAUAUACAUUUUUGGAAGUGUAUGAUCGUGCCAGACGACAUAUGUAUCAUUGCACAAGUAACACUACUAAUCCUAUACCUACAUGUGGAUCACAUGGUCUAACACAACGUACAAGAAGUUUAAGUGGCUCUGUGAAUUCUGUUAUACAUGGUGAUAACAUUUCAACAAGUAGCUUAGAAGCUAUCCACAAGACUGAAGAUUCUCGAGGAAAGCAAGACUCAUCAAGCCUGGCUGAAUCAGUCGUUAGUGUUGAGGAAGUUCAAGAGAUAGUCCAGGAAACUUUGCGUGAAGUAGCACUCUGUCGUGUUUGUAUGGACCAACCAAUAUCACGUGUUUUCUUUCCAUGUGGUCAUACAAUAUGCUGCAGCAUAUGCGCUGAUCGUGUAGAUCAAUGUCCUGUGUGUCGUAAAAGUAUUGAAAUCAGGCAUCCAUGCUAUUUACCUUGGAAUACAGAAUCAAACAGUGAAGAGGUUUGUCUUCUUCCUAGCUGUACAUUUAAAGAUGUAAGUGACCGAUUUAAGUCUCAUAGACACUCACGUCACCAUAAAAACAAUACCACAUCAGAUUCAGCUUUGCAUGAAACAGCAUCAGCACCUUCCUGUCAAUUAUCAUCUUUUAUCAAUGAAAUUUCAAAAACAUCUGAUCGUUCAAGUAGCCUUAAUCAGUCCACACCAACUAGUGUUCCUCAUUUAUCCAUAAGCAAUCAAUCCGAUGUCACUUUCUUUUCAAGAGCAUCUUCAUCAAUAUCUGAUCAAAAGCCUUGUGGAGUUUCGACAAUGACUGCUUCAACCUCAGGAAAUUCGGUUCCUUUACUAGUUACAUCUUCAAACAAUCCUAGAAGUCAUGAAGCCGAGAAAUCUGUUAGUACUACGCGUCGUGUUACAUGGCAAACAGAAGAUUAG